CACAACUCCACCUGAAUCAGUAUUGAAGUGGAGCAUAGCUCUGCGUAAGAGAAGUUUCUGCUCUUGCAGUAAACCUCAAAACAGCUCAAUCUAAAAAUAUUGCUUUCCAACUUCAGCUACAGUGAUAGCUAAGUUUGGAAGGAAGGAAAAUAUAUUUGAAUACAGAAAUUUAUAGAAAACACAUUUCAAGGUUUGCACAGCACUAAAAAACAAAAGGGCAUUAAAGGAAUUUCAGCCACAAGAACAAGAAGAAUAUUAAAUAUGACACAUCAAGUAGAACGCAAGAAACGUUGUUAUGAUUCUGUCACCGACUAUUUCACAUCAGCAAAGUUCUUCAUUUACUUUGGGCACGCUUUGUCAACAUGGGGGGACAGAAUGUGGCACUUUGCAGUGGCGGUGUUCCUGGUUGAACUCUAUGGCAACAGUCUCCUCCUGACUGCUGUCUAUGGGCUUGUGGUCGCAGGGUCAGUUCUGCUGCUGGGAGCCAUCAUAGGAGACUGGGUGGACAAGAACGCCAGGCUAAAAGUUGCUCAGACGUCACUGAUUGUCCAGAACUCAGCUGUCAUUUUGUGUGGCAUCCUCCUGAUGGUGAUUUUCCUGUGUAAAGUCCAGCUUUCGUCUCUCUUCAAUGGGUGGCUUCUUACGCUCUGCUACAUCUUGGUCAUCUCCAUUGCAAACGUUGCAAACUUGGCCAGCACUGCAACAGCCAUCACCAUUCAAAGAGAUUGGAUUGUGGUGGUGGCAGGGGAAGACAGAAGCAGGCUGGCAGACAUGAAUGCCACAGUGAGAAGAAUCGAUCAGCUGACAAACAUUCUGGCUCCCCUGGCAGUGGGACAGAUCAUAACCUUCACCUCCUCCAUGGCCGGUUGCGGGUUCAUCGUGGGCUGGAACCUGUGCUCCAUGUGCCUGGAGUACUUCCUCCUCUGGAAGGUUUAUCAGAUGACACCAGCACUAGCCAUCAAGACAAGCCAGAAGGAAGAUGAGCAAGAGUUAAAACAGCUCAAUAUUCAGAAAGAGCUUGAAGCUGUUCAGAAACCAUCUGAAAACUCUGAACUGAUGAGCGGAGUUGCUGAAGCAAGCUCUGUGGAGAAGAAUGGAUGCUGCUACAAUAUCACUCAGCCAUUCCGCACAUUACGAGAUGGAUGGGUGGCUUACUACAAUCAGCCUAUCUUCUUUGCUGGCAUGAGCCUUGCCUUCCUGUAUAUGACUGUGUUGGGGUUCGAUUGCAUCACCACAGGAUUUGCAUACACCCAGGGCCUAAACGGAUCCAUUCUGAGCUUGUUGAUGGGAGCCUCCGCCAUCACCGGAAUCCUGGGAACCAUGGCCUUCACCUGGAUUCGGAAGAGAUGUGGCCUGGUCCGCACAGGGUUCAUCUCUGGGGUUGCUCAGAUCUCCUGCUUGGCGUUGUGCGUGGUCUCUGUUUUCAUGCCUGGAAGUCCUUUGGAUCUGACUGUGUCGCCCUUUCAAGAUAUCACAAGCCACUUCAUGGGAGACAGUUCCUUGCCUGAAGCUAACCCUACGACAGAGAAUUCCCUCAUUACUCAAACACACAGCUUUAUCAACGGGUCCACAUCUGCUUCCGAGAUUGAGGAGAUGAAGCCUCAAGUUGUAUCUUACCUGUCUGUGAGCUUCCUGUUUGCUGGGGUCAUUGCUGCUAGAGUUGGCCUUUGGUCCUUCGAUUUAACUGUGACCCAGCUAAUCCAAGAAAAUGUGAUCGAGUCUGAGAGAGGUGUCAUAAACGGUGUCCAGAACUCCAUGAAUUAUCUUCUCGACCUUCUGCACUAUAUCAUGGUGAUUCUUGCACCUAACCCAGAGGCAUUCGGCCUGCUGGUGAUCAUCUCAGUCUCCUUUGUCGUCAUGGGGCACAUGAUGUAUUUCAGAUAUGCCUAUAAAACCUUAAGAAGCCGUCUCUUUCUCUGCUUCUCAUCUGACCCUAAAAAUGAGAUUGACAACCUCUCACCUCCUGAGUCUGACAAGGUAUAAGUUUUUAAAGAGACAGUAUCCCUGAUACAGCUUUAUCUAAAAUGUACCAAUAUCUGCAUUUGUUUACGGGGCUGAUAACAUAGCAUUGCAUGGUGAUUUGCUUUUAGUGACAGCAUUGCAUAACAUAGUUUUAAAGCAAAAAAUAGCACAACUGGCAUUAUAGUCAUCAGAGUAAAAAGGUAAGGUGAUCAGUUGUAGGUAUGUACAAGAUGUGUCUUACUGUUAAUAGAAUACAGAGUAUUCAAAGAUGCAUUUGUACAUGGCAAGGGGCUCUUGCAAGGUGUGAACUGGGAAGCAGUAAUACAACUUUAGUACAAGUGGAAUAGUUUGACACAAGCAGCAAGAGGUGAGUUGGCUGAUAAGGGAACUCCAUGGAAUCAGUGUAGAGGCCAAGCCUUCUAUUUAAGGCCUGUCAAUCCUCAAGCAAGGACAGUUUAAGUCACUUUAUUGCAAAAGCCGUCUAAUAGUUUUCCCAAACUGUUGGUGAGCUCCAUGAAUAAACCCACGGACACAACCCAAGAGGGGUCAUUUAGUGUUCCAGACCUGCAGGGGAGUCUCAUCUCCAAUGGGGGAGAGUGAGGCUUUCUACAAUUUGAAAAUAAAUAAAAAAAUAAAAUGUGUGAUUCAUAUACUUUCUAAAUUUUGACCCUGCUUUUGACUUGAAAGAGCUUUUUACUAACCAGGUGUAUUUAAAACAAAUAGUCAGCUACAUAGAAUGUCAUUUAGUACUUCAGUUUACAAAUUAGAGAAACUGAAUAGUGUACAGCAUUUUAGAAAUGUUCAAAGAUAACAUAUAGGUUUUUUUUUUAAAGCUAAAAGAAACACCCUGAUUGUUUUUAUAUAUAUCUUCCAGUAUAUAUGUUUUGCAUAGUGCUUAUUUAAAGACUUGGGAUACAGUCUCUUUAAAUUACUUUUAAUUGUACAGCUCUAUAGGUCCUAAACUAAUACCCAGUAUAAUAUUUGCUGUAUGGGCGCUACUAUGUAAUUAACCUACUUGCUGUAUAGGCCAUCAAUAUUAUACCAGAGUGGGAUUUUAGAGGUUUUUUUAAGGCAAAGAUUAAAGAAGUGAAGCAAAAUGAGAUAACGCAUCAGUUUUUGUACCGAUUUGUAAUAUUCUGUGUUUUGUGCUGCGUUGUUAGGCAACAGACUGUAAAAAAGAUCAACAUCCAAACCAUGACAUACAAGCAGUAAAGAAUAAUGUGAAAAUGUAUUUAGACAGCGGUAUAAUUUAAAGCUGUAAAAUUAGUUUUCUUGAUUCCAUUGCAGAUGCACUUUUAGAUUUAUUACAUUGUAAAUAUGUAGGCAUAAAGGCACUUUUAAAGGUGCAGUAUCUUCUGAUUUUAAUGGUUUUUUUCUCUCUAUUUUUGUCCCAUCAAAUGUUAGCCAUUACAAAUUUGGGAUUACUUACGAAACAUAUUUGCUGUGCCCAACAAUUGUUCACGUCAAACCUGCUGCUCAUUCUAUUGAAGUGUUUUGAAAGGACAUGGUUGUACAAGAUUGUUCAUUUAUUCCCCACUUGAAAGCAGUUUUCAUACAUACUAAAUUGUACCAGCAUGUAAUAGACCCAAGUGGUCUCUGAACAUUUAAAAAAAAAAAUGAUUUAACCAUCAUUUUUUUUCUACAUGACCUUAAAGAUAGAAUAUUCAUUCUUACAUAAACACAGAUUCUUGUGUUUAUUUUAUACCAAGUAGUGUAUGUCAGGUUCUAUUAUAAAACCACUGAGACUGGACUGAAAUCACGUCUCUUCCAUGUGGCUAGAACAGUGAAGCCCCUUUUUGACUGAAAUGGUGGGUAGAUUUUUUUUCCAUCUCAGUCUAUGUGGUCUGAGUAAUGAGUUUAUGUUGGAUUAGUAACUACCUGGUUUCUGAAAAAUGUGCUGAGCCAGGGGGUUCUUGACGGAGAGGGUUUGAAAGAAAAAUAUUUGGCACAGGUAGAUCAUAUCCAAGAGCAACGUCUUAAAAUAAGCUUUUUCCUCAGGAUGUGAAAUUGCAAAAAUGUCCAUGUUUUUCUACCUGUCUAGAUGUUGGUUCAAUGUCAGAAAGACAUGCAUUUGAAACACACAACCUAACAGUAUAAAUAUGUUUUAAAAAAUACCCCCCAAAAAAAGUGGUACAGCUCAGUUUUUUUAGGUGUUGUAGAUUAAAAUUCCCAGUGCAAUAAAAAGGCUAGCUUUGUAGCCUGCAACAAAAAUGUGCAGUAAUAUUACAAAAGUAUGUAGUACACUCUUUAUUUUUUUUAAUUCUCAGACAGGUUUCAGAUUGUUAUAUUGUACUGUUGCCUAAAUGUUUUUAAAAAAAAAAGGUUUAAAAAAAGAACAGAUCCCUACAAAAAAGAUAAAAUGUUUAUCUUUGAUGAAAACCAUACCGCAAUACUAAUGAUUGCAUGGUAUACUUUUAUAAAUGAAUGUAAAAUGUAUGCAACAUCAACAAAUAAACCAGCAACAGGUAACUUGCAACUACCAUUAGAAUAUUUUUUUUACUUGAGAAUGUAAAGAAAUGGUGUCUUAGUAUAGCAAAACAAUGUCUAUGCAUUAGAUUUUUACACUUUUUACUGUCAUUUGAAAUAUGUGUACAAUGGAUUGUACACAAAUGAAACACUCUGUAGCUGUAUUAGAGGAGAAAAUUGAACAUUCUGCUUUCGUUUGUAAUGCAUGAAUUGUUUGCAAUAAAACAAAGAUAUAAACACA